AUGUUCCCGACACAUUCCACGGCUCGCAUACUAGGGGCCCUACUUUCUAUAUCUCGUUUGGUCCAAGCAGAUGUUGAGGCGUUAUGGCUGGAACCGUCCUUGAAAUGGUACGGCGUUGACGGCAAUUGGUCUUCCAUGGGCCUAUUUGUUGGCGAGCCAGCGCAACAAGUCGACGUCACGGUUAGCACCUGUCUGUCCGAGAUCUGGGUAGUAGAGACUACAGGCUGCGGGUCAAGUGUCCUCUGCGAAACCGCUCGUGGGGGCCUAUUCGACAGAAGGGCAUCCAACAGCUGGACAUCCCUUGGCCCAUGGCAACUUGGCCUGGAUUACCUAGGACAGGGCGGCAACGGAGAUUAUGCAAUGGAAACAGUCGUCGUCUACGACAGCGUAUCCCGAUGGCAAACGACUCUCCAAAAACAGGUUGUUGCCGGCAUCAAUGACACCGACUAUUACACGGGGUUCUUCGGCUUAGGCAUUACUCCAGGUCGUUUCGGAGACACAGUGGCGCCGAGUCCUAUAUCUGCCUUGGUCGAGCGCGAUGGUACCAUUCCGAGUCAUAGUUAUGGGUACACAGCCGGUGCGUAUUAUGGCGGCCCGUACGGAACACCAUUGUCGUUGACACUUGGUGGCUACGAUGAGAACCGGUUUGUCUCUCACGGUACAAAUUUCAGCUUGAAUCCGAGGACAAGAUUGCCGGAGGUGCUUGUCAGAGGGGCCACUGCAACAAUCGGCAGCAUUGAGAAAGCCCCAACUGCGUGGACAUCAACUUCGGUGCCACUGAUGUCGUUCAACGAAUCGGUUACAGCAAUCAUCGAUAGCUCGACCCCGUAUCUUUGGCUUCCAACUGUAGUGUGUGACCGGUUUGCGCAAGCGCUCAAUCUAACGUGGAAUGACACAUUGGAUCUCUACACAUUCACCGACAACGCAGUAUUCGAGAGCUUCUCAGACACAGACCUCUCCUUCACGUUCUCCCUUUCCAGCGCUGACAACCAGGACAAUUUUGGCCGCCCCUUCGACGUGCCUGGAGUUGUGAACAUCACAAUUUCGGCCAACGCGUUUGCUCAAACUCUUCGUUACCCCUUUAUGGAUGUGUUCCAGUAUGGCGAUCGCGCGGUUCCUUAUUUCCCGCUUCGAAGAACCGAUUUUGGGAAUCAGAUGAUUAUAGGGAGAUCAUUCCUACAAGAAGCUUACUUGAAGGUGAACUAUGAGGCUAGCACGUUCUCAGUUCACCAGGCACUGUUCCCCGACAAUCCGGCACGCAAUAAAUCUAUUGUAACAGUGAAGUCUUCGGAGAACAGUCCCUAUCCAGGCCCGGCGACGGCCUCGGAUAAUUCGGAAGGACUGAGCAAGUCUGCAACUGUAGGGAUUAUCAUUGGUGCAUGCUUGAUUGUAUUAUCAAUAUCCUUCACCGUCUGGUGGCUGCGACGAAGGAAGCGGAAGCAGAAGAAAGCGGUGAACACGGAGGUGGAUAUCAAGGACACAGACUCAUCGGUCGAGCCCGAAACACCACGGACGCCGGUCGCCCGGAUGUUCUCGCGGAUUACAAGGAGGCUACCGGGAAGAAGGAGCCGGAGAGGUGUUGCGCACGAGAUGUCUGGAGAUAACACUCAACCGGUCGAAGUGGGAGGGGCCGAACGGUAUGAGCUGGCGGUCCCACUGGAGCCGGUGGAGUUGGAUGCGACUGAUGCUCAUUCGAUCAACGGCACCACGGAACUGGGGACAGAGGAGACGCAUGAAAUUAGUUCCUAUGAACUGGCACGCCGGAAAAUGGAACGGCAGCUACAGGGACCAGUGCCGGAGUACACCCCCGGUCCAUCCCCGCUAGAAUCGCCGAUUGAGGGAGCAGAAAAGAGCUUUCAGGACAUCAGUCGUGUGCCGCACUAUCGACCCUCGAAUCGUUCGCUCCGUUCGGACAGCACAAGUCUAUCCCCAGCAUCUACUCCUACACACGACAAUUACUCGUACUCAAUACCCUCUCCAAUGACACCUUAUGGGGAGUGGCCUACAAGUCGGAUGCCGGACUUUCCAUCACCCGCUUUCAAUCCGCCGAGUUCAUUCUCUCGGUCGCUCUCCCAUUCAGGCUCAACGUAUAGCCCGCCGUCCCCGGGCACACUCGAUCAUCGGCCCCUGAGCCGGUCUGCAUCCUCAAGCGGAUCACCUCCCUCUACCAACGCCUCACUCAUGCCACCGGUGCCCACAUUUCAACGGGCACCAAUUGACCCCUCCAAGGUGGUGUGCCUAGGUCCCUUGCCUAACAACAUUCGCCCGCCGCAUCCGACAUCGAUGCCACGCCUAUUGAACCCGGCUGGCCACGCCUUCACUCUCCCGACGAUUCCUUCAGCGGCGGAGUCGCGGCGGGAGUCGACAGCCGACACGCUCGGGAGCAACUUCACGGUAGACGAGGAAGCUCAUAUUCGAGAUGAGAUUGAGCGAAAUGGGACUUUUGGAGAGCCAGUGGCGGAGGAGGAACCAGAACUCCACUCUGCCCGUUCAUUCGGCACACUCGACGGGACCGAUCUGGUGCAUAUACCGCAGCCGACGACUCCGAUUACUGCAACACCGAACACGGGACGACUAGAGACAAGAGUCGAUCUUGUCCACGUGCCGACACCGGUAGAUCCUACUGUGGUCUCCAGCUCUGCCGCUCAGCGCCUCAAUGGUUUCGACUUGGUCCAUGUGCCGCAGCCAGCAGAGAAGCGGUAUAGUUGGGAGCAGUGA